AUUUUGGAAAGCCAAUGGGUGGUUGUUCCCCUUGUGAAUACAAAACCUUCCUUCGGCCGACGAAAGAUGAUGAAAGCUGGGGCGGAAGUCGUCAUCGUGCCGCGCAACUUUAAGUUGUUGGAAGAACUGGAGAGCGCAGAAAAAGGUCAUGGCGACAUGAGCAUCAGUUAUGGUUUGGAGCAAGCGGACGACAUUUUCCUCACGAGUUGGAUUGGCACGAUCCUCGGCCCUGCUGGUACGAGUCACGACGGGCGCAUUUACAGUCUGAAGAUCCACUGUGGAGAGAAUUACCCGAACGCGCCGCCCGAGGUUCUGUUCACGAGCCGCAUCAACAUGUCCUGCGUCGAUCAAUCCAACGGACGUGUGAACCCCCGCAGUCUUGGGGUGCUGGCGUCAUGGCAACGAUCGUACGGCAUUGAACAAGUGCUCGUCGCGUUGCGGAACGAAAUGGCGUCUACCGCCAACAAACGUCUGCCGCAACACCCCGAAGGUGCUUCGUUCUAAUGACAUCGAACCACCCCUCCCAUGCGACCAUGCCGAUGCAGCAACCCCCCACGACAGCAGCCGCGCCAAGAACCUUCUCCUGUCGUUUAAGCCUUUCUGCGCCACCAAUAAUACAAUCCAUUCAUGACACACAAACACA